UACGCGCUGCAGCUGCACGAAUCAAACUAGAGCCGCACCGGGGCCCCGCCCCGCUACCCCGCUCUCGCCGCCAAUCCACCGCCCAAGACGCCAGCCAAGCUCGACGCCGGCCAUUCCCAUGUCUCUCGGCCGCGCACGCUCGUCGCUCCCCCUGCUCCAGCCCUUCAACACCACUGCAGCAGCCGCAUCCCCGUCCGCGCCCGCCCCCUCCUCCCCAUCAUUCCUCGCCCACCACCUGCUCGACGAAUUCUCCCGCCCGAGCUCCACCCGCGAUGCGGUCCGCCUCCGCCGCCUCGCCGCGCAUCUCUCGCCGCCCGCCGCGGAAUCUGUCAUCCUCCGCCUUCCAUCCUGGCGUCAUGCUCUCGACUUCUUCCGCUGGGCUGCCAAACAGCCGGGCUUCCGCCACUCCUGCUACUCCCUCAACGCUAUGGCAUCCCUCCUGCCCCCACACCAGCGCAAACACCUUGACCGCCUUGCUGGAGACGCGGUCUCCUCGCGCUGCCCCAUGACACCCGGGGCACUGGGGUUUCUCCUACGCCGCCUUGGUGCCGCUGGCCUCCCCGACACUGCCGCCCGCAUCUUUGAUGCAGCAAGGACUACACUUAGCUGCACCCCGAACUCAUACACGUACAACUGCCUCCUCUACGCGCUCGCCAAGGCUGGUCGCGCGGAUGAUGUUAAGGCGAGGUUGCGCGAGAUGGUAGCGAACUGCGGUGAUGAGAGCGUUGACAGGUACACGCUUACUUCACUCCUGCAGUGCUAUUGCAACGCAGGCUGUCCUGACGAGGCAAAUGCCGUGUUCCAGAGGAUGAGCGACAGGGGAUGGGUUGAUGAACACGUGCUGACGUUGCUUGUUGUGGCAUUCAGCAAGUGGGGGAAGGUAGAUAACGCAGUUGAGCUGGUUGGGAGGAUGGAGGCACUGGGGAUGAUGCCAAGUGAGAAGACAUUGAGUGUUCUGGUCCAUGGGUUUUCCAAGCAGGGCAGGGUCGACAUUGCCAUGGAGAUGUUUGACAAGAUGGCCAGAUAUGGAUUCCGUGUGGAUUUGGCGAUGUACAGUGUGUUAAUUGAGGGUCUGUGUCAGGGAAACAAGAUCGGGAAGGCAGUGCACUUGUUCGAGGAAAUGAAGAGGAACGGGGUUGUUCCUGAUGUCCGUUUACUCAAAAAGAUAAUUGAGACAUUCUGUAGUGAAGGACAUUUCACUACUGUAUUUCCAUUCAUCAAUGGGAAUGCAGAGCAUCUGAAUCCUGGUAGUGUUGUCUCAUUAUAUAACGUAGUUCUUGAAGGGUUUGUUAAUAGUGGAGACAUAGAAGCAGCUUAUCAGUUGCUCAGGUCUAUGGUGCAUGGUGGUCAAAGGGUUAGUAAUGAUAACACUGGUGGUUUGCAUCUGUUUGUUAUCAGUGAAGGUGUUAAACCGAACUGUGAUUCGGUGAACAUUGUUGUAUGUGGCCUUUGUAAGUUUAAGAAACUGGAUCUGGCCUUGGCUCUCACCAAAGAAAUGAUUGGGCUCAGUUGCAAGGGAAAGCUUUUGAUGUUUAAUGAUUUGAUACUUGAAUUGUGCAAUUCAGAUAGACUUGAUGAAGCAUAUGACAUGUUCAACAAAAUGAAGGAUAUUGGUUUGAAACCCUCAGAGUUCACAUACAAUUCUUUGUUUUAUGGCAUUUCUAGAAGAAAAGAUCCUAGUGCUGCCAUUGAUUUACUGAGGGAGAUGCGGACAAAUGGGCACAAACCAUGGAUUAAGAGCUGCACAGAGAUGGUGCAGCAGCUUUGCUUCAGUGGCAGGAUAACAGAAGCCUUGCAAUUUCUUGAUGAAAUGCUUAAAAUGGGUUUUCUUCCUGACAUUGUCACAUACUCUGCAGCCAUGAAUGGAAUGUGUAAAACUGGAGAGAUAGACAAUGCGCUGGAGCUUUUCCGUGACAUUUCAUCCAAAUAUUAUCUUCCUGAUGUGGUAGCACAUAAUAUCUUGAUAAACGGAUUCCGAAAAUCAGGUAAAUUUAAUGAGGCACAAGAAAUUAUGGAAGAAAUGUUGAGUAAGGGUCUGUUUCCUUCUGUAGUUACCUACAAUCUUAUGAUUGAUAUUUGGAGCAAGUCUGGCAGGAUUGACAAAGCAAUCGCUUGCUUAAGUAAAAUGAGUGAUGAAGAGAAGCCACCAACAGUUGUUACAUAUACAACCUUGAUAGAUGGACUUUGUAGUGCUGGAAGACCUGAUGAAGCCAUUGUUUUGUGGUGCAAAAUGAGGGAAAAUAGUUGUGCUCCAAAUGACAUAGCAUAUACUGCUUUUGUAAAUGGAUUGUGCAAGUGUGAUCGAAUAGGGACUGCACUGAGCUACUAUGAAGAGAUGAAGACGAAAGGUUAUGACUUAGAUAUUUUUUCCCUAUUACAUUUCAUAAAUUUUUUGAUAUCACAUGGACAUGCCAGCAAAGGAUGUGAUCUUUUAAAAGAAGUUCUCGAAAAAGAUGUGGUGCACAGUAAUAAUAUGAAAAUGACAGGCUUUAUAAAUAAAGCAGUUGAGGAGCUGUCUAAAGAUGGAAGGAUGUCUUCAUAUAUCAAAAUACUUGUAGAUAAGUAUUUAGUUUCAGGGGAUCAAACUAUACACAAUGAAGAUGGAAGCAAAUGAGAUCUGUUGCUGACUUUACUUAAUCGACCUUCAACUCUUCAAGGAACAUGGUGGAUCAUCAUUUUGUGUGGGCUAUAAUUACAGAUGAAAAAUCCCAUGUUUUAAGGGUAUGCUCAUCAUAUUGUAAUCUUGAGGGUUGGGCAUGUGAUCUCGUGUCAAAUUGCAUACACAAGGUUAAAGAGAUACCAUAUGCUUCUUUAAUCAUGCUGUAGUAAAAGAGGAGAGGAUAUGUAAGUGUUUUUUUUAAUAAAGAAUAUGUAAGUGGCUUAGCUUGUUUAUCAUUGAAUAAGAUAAAACAUUGGUUAACAUUGGUUAAGAUUGUGAUACUAUGACUGAGUU